ACAACAUCAUUAGCACAAACCUCUACUUGCCCGUUCAUUACAGACCCUAGCUGCACAUAGAGGAGCAGGCUUAGAAUUAAGCUCCAACUUCAUUCUCUCGAUUCUUAUCAAACUCAUGAUUUGGUUUUCCUUUCCUUUUCACCCUCUGCCUCUUUCUUUUUGGUACCCCAAGGAAAUUAAAUCAUUGUUUCUGAAAUCAUGGGUUUUGUUUAUAACACGCGUUUAUGUCCUAUCAGAAAUUAUAUGGUGGGUGUUGCUCACCAGUCACCACCAAAUGAGUUGAUGAUUAUCUCCGAUAAUACCUGUCACCUUUUUUGUUUCGAGGGUUCAAUAUGAUUAUUAUUAUUACUAUUUCUUUUUAUAUUUCUCUUUCUUUUCACAAUUAGUCGACCUUUGCCCUUUUUUAUGAACUUUUCUUUUGCUGGCCUGCUUCUUUUGUUUCUCUCCUCUCUCUUUAUAACUUCACAUUCGUUAUGAUGAAGUAAUUAAAGGGUGGUGGUGGUGAAUUUGAUGCAGUACUUCCAUUGACGGAUAUGAUGGAGACGACGAUGGAGUCUUCUGUCCCACCGGGUUUCCGGUUCCAUCCAACAGAUGAAGAGCUUGUUGGGUAUUACCUGAGGAAGAAGAUUGCAUCGCAAAAGAUCGAUCUUGACGUUAUCAGAGAUAUCGAUCUGUAUAGGAUCGAACCAUGGGAUCUCCAAGAGAGAUGUCGGAUCGGUUAUGAAGAGCAAAAUGAGUGGUACUUCUUCAGCCACAAGGAUAAGAAGUAUCCGACGGGAACUAGGACUAACAGAGCAACCAUGGCUGGGUUUUGGAAAGCGACAGGCAGAGACAAAGCUGUGUAUGACAAGGCAAAACUGAUUGGAAUGAGAAAAACCCUCGUCUUCUACAAGGGGCGGGCACCAAAUGGCCAGAAAUCUGACUGGAUCAUGCAUGAAUAUAGGCUUGAAUCUGACGAAAAUGGACCUCCACAGGAAGAAGGAUGGGUGGUAUGCAGAGCGUUCAAGAAGCGAACCAUUACCCAAACUAAGGGCGCCAUUGAAGGGUGGGACACAAGCUAUUUCUAUGACGAACCGAGUGGGAUUAGCUCAGUCGUGGAUUCAACUGAUUUCAUCUCAAGGCCACCCCAAAGUUUUCUAGCUCAGAGUUUCCUGUGUAAGCAAGAGAUAGAGGCGGAUAACUUAUGUUUCAUGCAGUCUCAUGAUAAGUUUGUUCAGCUUCCUCAGUUACAGAGCCCAUCUCUACCACUAAUAAAGAGGCCAAGCUCAAUAUCUCUCGUGUCAGAAAACAAUGAAGAAGAAGAUCAGCAAGUUAGUAGAGGGUGCAACAACACCAAGAAAGUGACGGACUGGAGGGCCCUUGACAAGUUUGUUGCUUCUCAAUUGAGUCAAGAAGAAAGGUUUGAGGGUGAUGCAGAAUCGAGCUUUGGCGCAGAUCAUGACUCUGACAUGUCAUUACUGUUGUUGCAGAGUAGUAGGGACGAAGAAGGAAGUUGAAUGGGUUCUUGGAUUCAAGCUCAGACGUUUGUGACAUUGGGAUAUGCAUAUUUGAAAAAUGAAGAAUGGGUGCAUGAGAUGAAGAUAUUUCUAUUUUUGGUGUUAUAAGUGUAUGAGGUCAGGUUGAUGGACCUUGGAGAGAGUGGAGAGAGAGAGAGAUUCUUGUAAAAUAUGUUUGUGAACCAAGGCAUGCAUCUGUCUCUCUCUCUCUCUCUCUCUCUCUCUAAUCAGCGUCAAAAUUGGUACACAAAUAAUGAGUGAACCUGC